AUGUCAAAUAUUAAUAGCACCGUAAAACAAUUACUUGUAGCUAUUUUAUUGGUAUUGGCCAUUAUUCAUUUACCAGUAUGCCAAUCUGUAAUUGGUGUUUAUUGUGCAACUCCAGGACAAGAGUGUAUUGUGGCUGUUUCAAAAUGGUCUGCAGAGAGUCAAGAUGAUAAUGAUGAGCAGUAA